AUGUCAUUGAAAAGGAGAGAACAUUCUAGCGUGUCCGAAACGCCUCUUAAGCGUUUUCAGCUUGACAACAACGCUGCCAGUGAUGAAUCGAAGCUCCCGCAUGCGGUUUUAGUGAGCUUAAUUCCGGGAAAAGAGGGCCAAUAUGAAAUUCCAUUACAGCCUACAACAACCAUUGGACGAAGCCGAUCUUGCGAUAUUGUGCUUUUGGAGCCCGAUAUAUCGACGUUACACUGUCAAUUGAAGACUCUGGAAGUUGAUAUUGACGGAGUGUGCUACAACCUGCUUAAUAUCCUGGACAAAAGCCGAAAUGGCACGUUUGUCAACGGGAACCGUUUGAUAAGAAAAGACUGCGUUUUGAGAAAUGGUGAUAGAAUUAUAUUUGGCAGAAGUUGUUCUUUCUUGUUCAAGUAUGCGACAGAGCAGAGUAGCCAGGGCGAAGUUUCGAGUUCUGAUUCGAACUUUAAAGUACCGUCUAAAAACUCACAAGGCUCCGUGACUACUUCUUUUGAUUAUCAUACCAACAGCCGCAUUUCAUUUUUUGACAAAUACGUUGAAGGCCGGCAGCUUGGCACUGGUCAUUACGCGGUUGUCAAAGAAGCUAUUAACAAGGACACCGGCGAUGUUUUAGCCGUCAAGAUUUUCCAUCCACAGCAAAACGAUGAUCAAAAAAAAACUAAGCAAUUCAGAGAAGAAACUAAAAUUCUUAUGAGUAUUCACCACAAGCAUAUUGUCCGUUUAAUAGAACGGUUUGUCGAACCAGUGACGAAAGCCCAGAUUCGUACUUACCUGGUUCUCGAGAAAGUGAAUGAUGGAGAAUUGUUCGAUAGGAUUGUCCGUAAGACAAAACUGCGACAGGAUGAGACGCGAGCCAUAUUCAAGCAGUUAUUGAGUGGUUUAAAUUACUUGCAUCAGAAAAAUAUCAUUCACCGCGACAUAAAACCUGAAAACAUUUUACUGAGCAUACGGCGACGUCAAACCGCAACAGAACUUCAGAUGGGUCCAUGGGAUGAAGGUGAAAUAGAUGUGACCGUCAAAAUCGCAGAUUUUGGUUUGGCAAAGUUCAUCGGAGAGAUGCAGUUUACCAACACAUUGUGUGGAACGCCAUCGUACGUUGCGCCCGAAGUAUUGAAAAAAUCUGGUUAUACUUCUAAAGUUGAUUUGUGGAGCGCAGGCGUAUUGCUCUACGUAUGCCUUUGCGGUUUCCCACCUUUUAGCGAACAACUCGCUCCACCCUCUAUGAAGGAUCAAAUUCUUCAAGGUUGUGUUUCGUUUUAUUCACCUUAUUGGGACGAUAUCGAUGACUCUGUCUUGCACCUAAUUACCAAUUUACUUGUUGUCGAUCCAGAGCUAAGAUUUGAUGUCAGUCAAACCAUUGAUCAUCUUUGGUUUUCUAAACCAACAGAUGCUGCUCCACAAGAACAAGAUGUCGCACGCCGCCCAAUGGGCGACGCUCGUGCUUUGCGAACUUACUCCGAAAUAUAUAAUGCUUAA